AUGGAUUGGUGGAUGCGGGAUAUAUUGGUAAUCCAUUCACAUAGAGCAACAAGGACAGGCUUGGACAGGGUUUGGCAGCGUUUGGACAGAAUUUUGGUCAACACCACGUUUCAUAACAUUUUUCCGGCAUUGAAAGUGCAUCAUUUAGCUCGAGAUGCAUCAGAUCAUGCUCCGUUGAGCGUCACAUUUGAGCAAGACCAACAACAGGCACGUGGUCGUUUUAUUUUCCAGCGCAUGUGGGCAGAUCAUCCUUCCUUCCUUGAAGUGGUGAGAAAGGCGUGGGAUACGCCUACUUCCGGGUCUGCCUCUAACGCUUUUCACACAAAACUUAUGAAUGUUCGGAAGACAUUAAAGAAUUGGAACUGGGAUACAUUUGGAGAUAUACAAUGGAACAUCAAGGAGAGUCAAGAAAAAAUUCAAGUGCUUGAAAAUAUUUUAGUGCAAGGUUGGAGCGAAGAUACGCAGAAACAGCUUGUUGAGCUGAAACAACACUUGUUGAAGCUAGAACAAUGGGAGGCGGAGUUGCUCAGCAAUAAGGCGCGUAUUGCUUGGGAGAAGGAUGGGGAUCGUAAUACUGCUUUCUUCCAUGCUAGUAUGAAAGAUCGGCGGAAAAAAUCAUUGAUCCAUGUGGCUCGACAGAAUGGAACGAUUACCACAAGUCAGCAAGAAAUUGGGCUUAUCGCCGAAAGCUUCUUUUUGGACCUUUUCAAGGCUUCAGAGUACUACCUGCAUGAUGAGCUAUUUCAGAAUACACCACAGAUAGUUACGGAUGGAAUAAAUGGGAUUUUUGCAAAAUACCAGAAGAGGGGGAGAUUCUUGAAACAAUUAAGUCGAUGA